AGGACGAGUUGUUACUUCUAUAGGGAUUUUUGGUAUUGAAGUCGUAUACGUUGCCCUGCAUGGCAAGUAAAUUGCGCUUGGAAGGAUCGUUGAAUUCAGUGAAAUAUGGAUGAUCGUGACUGGACUUCGGAGAGUAGUGUCGACUCAGAUGCACUCUCACCACUUCCACCUUUAGUGAUAUGGACCAGCAGAAGGUCAGCUGCGUGUCCUCCCCCGCAGAAUGUAAAAUCUUUUCGUACUCCUUACACAUGUACAGCUCAUCACCACGCACACGCCGUUAGUGGGAAUCAAGUAGCGACCUCAGAUGCCUCCUUUGCCUAUUAUGCACAGCAGCAUACCUCAAUCAGCCCUUGGAAAACGCCAUCAUUUACAGCCGAAUUACCGUCAGAUCAUGCAUCGCUGGGCAUAAGAGACCAGUUCGGGGAUUCUCGACCAGUGUGCCAGAGGAACGAAGAUACACACACUAUUGACAUGUCAACAACAGCUGUCGAAAUCUCAUGCUCGAAUCCCAUGAUAUCGGCAAUGGACUUAGACGAAAGAUCGCAAGACAGCGGUAACCAAACUGUGAACUAUCCAGUCUCAGUUUCAGAUCACUACGCCGGACUCGAGCACGUACCAAUUAACUCGGAAAAAGGCAACUUCCCAAACAAAUCUGCCGAAGUGGACCAUCACAGCAUCGGACAUGUUCCAGUAUCUCCUCUAGCGCCAAGGGUAUCUGCCAAACAUCACGAUCGUCAAAAGCUCAACUAUCAGCACAUCUCGGAGUCCUGUUCUGAGGAAGAUAGUCAACUUCUACAUGACUUUCCUCAGGAUCAUACCUCGCUCAUCAAGGAAACCGGGGUGUCACUUGAUCGCCAGCAUGAUAUUCGUGAUCGUGCACAUUCACAAUCUGGAGAAGAGCCUCAGAAAUGUAAGCAUUGCGAUAAGUCAUUCUCUGCGCAAUCCUGUCUAAUAUCUCAUGAACGUACACACCCCGAAGAGAAACCGUUCAAGUGUAAGGUUUGUGAUAAAACUUUCAACAAGCGAUAUAGUCUGGUCUGUCAUGGUCGAGUUCACUCAGGAGAGAAACCCUUUCUGUGUACGUACUGCGCUAAAUCAUUCAGUCAGAAAUCCAGCUGUACUGCUCAUGAACGCAUCCAUACAGGGAAGAGGCCGUUUAAGUGUGAUCAUUGUGACCAAGGUUUUUCCAAAAGUUAUGCCCUUAGAGUUCAUAAGUUUACACAUACUGGAGAGAAGCCUUUCAAGUGUAAACGAUGUGAUAAGUCAUACAGGCAGUCCGCGCAUCUCAUUAACCAUCAACGCAUCCACACUGGGGAGAGACCUUACAAGUUUACAGAAUGUGGCAAGGCAUUCACGCGAAUGUUGAAUCUCACAGCUCAUCAAUCCUUCCAUACUGGAGAGAAACCAUUUUCUUGUAGGGAAUGUGGAAGGUCUUUCACUACGAAAUCCAGCCUAACACGUCACGAACGAAUCCAUCACUGAGAGAAACUGAUCAAGUGUGGGCGAUGCGUCUUUCAAUGCCAAACACCACGAGGAAGACCACACGUAUACCAACACACGAAACAUUAUGCAAAAUGCCAGCAUUACAUGUCCGUUUGGAUCCGCAAAUAGCGUCAUUGCCGAUUACAGGUCAAUCUGAUAUCCUUGCAAAGGUCACUGCUUAUUUGCUACCUUCAACAUGUGUAACACCCAAACCACUAUCAUUAUUAUUGUAUUUCGGUUGAUAUCCACUGUUGCAUGCCUUGUUUUCUAUUUCAGUUCCGACACAGCACGAACAUGUUUCUAUAUUUACCAUGCAUUAAAAAUGUCAUUGCGCUGAACGUUCCUGAAUGGUUCAUUUUUGAUAAAUCUGUAAUGAAUUUUGUCGACUAUCCUACUUCCUUUUCUUGGAAGAGGCGCUGUGCUGUUUUCAAGUUUGACCACCAAGCUAAAAUGUUAUGUCUAUAUUUACCCUUGGUCCCAUGUGUAAUAAUUGUUGUAUAGUAACGUUUUAGUCUUUCUCAAAACUUGUCAAAUAUUUUACGUUCUAACAUCUCACGGUUCAUAUGUUUGAUGAAAAUGGAAAUCACAGUGAAACGAGUUA